AUGCACAGGGUGAACGUAACGCCAGCGCAGCGGCAUACAGGGCAACGCAAGCACUACGCGCUGAAGCAGGUGAUUGGCAAGGGCGCGUAUGGCGUGGUAUACAAGGCGGUGAACCGGGCGACGGAUCAGGUUAUCGCGAUAAAGGCGAUCGAGUACGAGAAUGAGGAGGAGCUGCACGAGCACAUGCUCGAGAUCGACUUGCUCAAAAAUCUCAAGCACGAGAACAUUGUGAAGUACCACGGGUUCAUUCAGUCGUCACAUGAGCUGUACAUUUUGCUGGAGUAUUGCAUCAGAGGGUCGCUGCGCGACCUGAUCAAGAAGGAGGCGUUGAGCGAGGCGAAGGCGAAAACAUAUGUGCGCCAGACACUGCGGGGGCUGCAGUACCUGCACGACCAGGGUGUGAUCCACCGAGACAUCAAGGCGGCCAACCUGCUGCUGACGGAAAACGGCGUGGUGAAGCUGGCGGACUUCGGCGUGUCGACGCGCGUCAACAAUAUGGCCAUGACGUACGCGGGAUCGCCGAACUGGAUGGCGCCGGAGGUGAUGCUGGGGAAGGGUGCGUCCACGGUCAGCGACAUAUGGUCGCUGGGCGCGACGGUCGUUGAGUUGCUAACAGGGAACCCGCCUUUCUAUAAUUUGGUGAACGAGGCUGCGUGCUAUGCGAUCGUAAACGACGUCUAUUAUCCGCCGGAGCACCUCUCGGCAGAGUGCAAGGCUUUUAUGGAGUUGUGUUUCCAGAAGAAUAUGUUCAAGAGGCCGCAGGCCCACCAGUUAUUGCAACAUGGCUGGUUGAAAGAGGGCAGAGACAAGCUGGAACAGUUCAAGGAGGACGAUCUUGUGGAGGAUAGAUGGGACCAAGAUUUCCUAGAGGUGAACACUGUGGUGUCUCAAUCUUCGCCUGGCAAAAAGCAGCUUGAUGGGCCCUAUAAGUACAUUGAACAGCUAAGAUCAGGGCAGUUUAUAUCUUCUCCGGAGACAAUACUGCAGAACAUAACAGCAGAAGAUAUUACCGACCUCAUGUUCGAAUUGUGCAACUUAGACGAACCCAACCGGGCUAGUCUACUCUUUGGUGUGUUUUCCUUUGAUAAAGAGUAUGUAUCGGGCGCAGGAACUAAAGGAUUUAUUGCGCUGGGUGGCAUCCCACAAGUGUUGCCAUUUGAAGAAAUCUUGGUGACCUAUUUUUCAUCGAGUAUUCCAUUGCUAGUUCAAUGUGGUAUUCUCUCAAGGAUUAAUGAUUUACAUGACUCCACGCUGCUAUUGAAGAUAGUGGACCACGUCCAGCGUAUGUUCUCCUUUGAACGCUGGUGUAAAUGGUGCAGCUCAAUUUCCUCCCUUCAAGAAGUUCUUCUGAAAGAACUAUUGCAUGGUAACAAGUUAUCCGAGGUGAUAAUGUUACAAUUAUCGACAUCGCGUGCUUUUAGAUUUGACCUUAGCAAGCUAAUGUUGCCUAGUUUCCGCGGCUCUGUACGGCUGCAGCAUAUCAUAUUCAAGUGCUUGAAUAAUAUCCUGAAAAGGACGCAUGCAGUGGACUUCACGCAAACCCCUCCCAAUUCAGUAUCUGUUUCAUCAUCUGCUAGUUCCAUUUCAUUCAAAAUGGACUCCACCCUAUACCCUGCAGGCGAGACCCUACCCGAUAAUUUCAUCGACUGGUUAUUAAACUUCAUUCCUCCUGCCGAUGCCACCCCCAAGAAUGUCAAAAUAUUCCUCGAAGUGUGUUAUUAUGCCUCACAUCUAAACUCAUUGAGACUGAGCGAAUUGAUAGAAAGUCAUGCCUUCUUGGAUUUCAUUGCACACCUACAGUCAAACGUCCGUUUUUUGCAUUGGUCGGCUUGCUUAAACAUAUGUGUGGACCUUUCGAACGAGCUGAACAGAGAUGCGCUUCCAGAGAUGCUAUUGAUUGGUAACCGUUUCUUUGAACAACCUGACCUUUUCACUGGGACUGUCGAAAUUCUUCUCAAUUGUAUGCUUUUUGCCCUUCGUGAGGGCUGCGCAUACCAUAUAGACAAGCGAAGCAGCGACAUAGAGAUUACUCAAGAUAGCCUCCCAAGCGGAACGAUCCCCUGUGACAAGCUAAUAGUUAACUUUUUUGAAAAGGAAGACCAAUUCCCCAAGUUCAUCACGAAGUUCACACGCUUAGUUUCUCUCCCACCCUGCGGCAAGCUAUGUUACGAUUUGGUCAUGGCUCCCAAGUUUGUGGAAAAAAUGGUUCGCAUAUUCAAACUUUACCAGGCGAGUCUAAUAAUUCAGAUUGAUGCCCUGAAGUUUUUGAAAAUAGUCCUUACGAAGGCCUUAGAAUAUACCCCUGCUGGUCGUCCAUCGAAGUUAGUUACACCAGCAAGGUUGUUGGAAUCUGCACUUGGAAAACAGAUAAAGAAUACCGAUGAGCAACACCUACUGCACGUUGUCUCUCAACUCUCCAAGUUCCUGUUAGCUAACUGGUCUUCUAGCAGACCGUCUUCACAGCUGCAUGUUGCUGCUGCUGGCCCUACCUCUUUGUUAGAAACACCACUUGCAUCUGCAUCACAUUCGCCGCCGCCCUCUCGCAAGGGUCAUCUGGGCAAGGUGGGUAAUGACUCCAUCCUUAUCCGCCAGCUGUGCGAAGAUAUUGCUUCAUUAAACAACAAGGAAAAUGGAAAUAAUAAUAACGGUCGGCCGUUGCAUGAUUCUGACGGAUUUCUAGUACCCAGGAGAUUACCAUCAGGGUGUUGA